GUCGCAACCCAUGCUCAGUCUACGAUCAAUCGAUUUGCGGAAAGGACGUGAUCAGUCCAAUACUCAACAUGAACAAACUUCAAACGAUUGUCUUACUAGUCGGUGUAGUGGCUAUUGCCCAUGCGGAAGUGAUUCCGUUUGAAAACUGCAAAGAAAGUGUAAAAUGUACGGUUCAUGAAGUUCGUGUUGACCCCUGCCCGGAAGUUGCCCAGAAUAAACCAUGCGUGAUGCUGAGAGGUUCGAAUGCGACAAUCGCGUUCGAUUACACUCCGGAGUUCGACGCCCAGGUUGCCACGGCCAAAGCGUUCUGGACAGCGGCGAUUGAUCUUCCCUUCGCCGGGUUGGACAACGAAGCAUGCAAAUACACCCCGUGUCCUGUCGUAGCUGGGCAAAAACAGAGCUACUCGUACGAUCUGCCCAUUUUGAAGUCCUACCCAACGCGGCGAUACAAAGUCAAGUGGCAGUUGCUCAAUGAGGCCAACGAGAUGUGCUGUUUUUUGAUUGAUAUGGAGAUCAAGAAGGGCCGCAAACAUUAAUUAGGAUGAUGUGUAUUUCUUUAUGUUUACUGGAAAAGUUUAUAAUUAAAUGUUUCGUAAAUGUAACUAAUUAAUUUUCAAUUUUCGGAAAGUAUUUGUAAAUGUGUAAAUAACUGUUGCACGUAAUACACAAAUUGCUUUGAAGGACGCAAAGUGUGUGGGUGAGUACAAGAACUCAGAAUCU